AUGGAGAACCAAAACCUGCACCUUCUCUUGUUCCUCCUCGGAAUUGCCUUCCUUACAUGGCGGCGCUAUAACCGUCAAGUCUCUGCUAGUGUGCUUCACAAGGUUCCAGGUCCCCCUCGAACUUCAUUUUGGACAGGGAAUCUUCCGGAAUACUUGUCUCGCCAUGGAUCAGAGUUUCAGAGACAUGUCGCUUUGGACUAUGGUCCAGUUUCCAAGAUACAUGGGAGGAUGGGUCGCGUCAUUCCGUAUAUUGCCGACCCCAAGGCAUUGCAUACGAUUUUGAUCAAAGAGGAACACAUCUUCCAGGAAACGGAUGGCUUUAUUACGAGCAACAUGCUUAUGUUUGGUCCGGGCUUGCUUGGAACAGUCGGUGAUAUGCAUCGGAGACAGCGCAAACUCCUGAACCCAGCAUUUUCCACUGCCCAUAUGCGGCACAUGCUUCCCAUCUUCUAUCAAAUCGUAUACAAGCUUCGUGACGCUAUUUCAGCCCAAUUGGCGAAUGGUGCCGAGGAGGUGGACAUGUUGAAUUGGAUGGGUCGUACCGCUCUUGAAUUGGUGGGCCAAGGAGGACUAGGAUAUUCCUUUGAUCCCCUAGUUGAAGUCACAGAAAACGAGUAUGGAAAUGCGCUCAAGAACCUUUUUCCCAACAUGCAAGAACUCUUCGUGUUACGAGAGUUCAUCACUCGUAUCAGCACGCUCGGUCCAGCAUGGGUUCGACGCCAGAUUGUCGACAUGAUCCCUCACAAAAACGUGCAAAAUCUGAAGAGUAUAGUGGAUACCAUGAGUCAACAGUCGCAAUCGAUCUACAAUGCGAAAAAAGCAGCUAUCAGCGAGGGCGACGAGGCGCUCCUUCAGCAAAUAGGUGAAGGCAAAGAUAUCAUGAGUCUUCUCAUGAGGGCUAAUGCGGCAACAUCGGACACUGACCGGCUACCGGAAUACGAACUUGUGUCCCAGAUGUCGACCCUAGUACUUGCUGCGACUGAUACAACCUCCAAUUCUUUGACUCGUAUUUUGGAAAUCUUGGCUGGACGUCCCGAUGCUCAAGAGAAGUUGCGUCAGGAAAUUCUAGAUGCAAGCGCAGCCGACGGCUUGUCGUACGAUGAAUUGGACCAGCUGCCUUUCCUCGAUAGCGUCUGCCGUGAAACCUUACGUCUAAAUCCGCCUCUUGUGCUUAUUUUUCGUCAGGCGAUGCAGGACACUGUCGUGCCGCUUUCAGAACCUAUUGUUGGUACCGACGGCAGUAUGAUCAGCGAACUUCCCAUCCCGAAAGGCACCGAGGUAAUAGCUGGAAUUCUGGGGUGUAAUGCGAGCAAGGCUCUGUGGGGUGAGGAUGCUCUUGAAUGGAAACCUGAGCGGUGGCUUUCUCCUUUGCCCAGCGCCGUUACGAAAAACACCAUCCCAGGAGUCUAUUCCAACUUAAUGACUUUUAUCGGCGGGAAGCGAUCGUGCAUCGGCUUCAAAUUUUCGGAAAUGGAAAUAAAGGUCGUGCUCUCCGUGCUUCUCACACACUUCAGAUUUCAUUUGACGGACAAGCCUAUCGAGUGGAACGUUGCGGCGGUGCGGUAUCCCACCGUUGGAAAGACCAGCGAUAUACCGCAGCUACCGCUCAGAGUCGAGUUACUGAAGUCCUAA